AUGUCUUUCGCCUCAGAUUUAUCUACUGGUGGUAAAGGCAGUACUUUAGACGCUCUAUUAUUCAAUUUAGAGCAGUUAAAACAACUUGAUGCCGUAUCGGAAAUUGUCACAAAUUACCUAGAUGGCGAUUACAAAGCCGUCCUUCGCUCGCCCACAGCGCAAAUCCUGAUACAAAUUUUGGCAGAAAAUGUAAAUCUCUCUAAAGAGCAACAGAAUCUCGCUCUCAAAGAUGCAAAUCUUCAAAAUCGAGAGGUGAUCCUUUAUACUUUCAUCACGGGAUUGGCAGCUUUCAAUGCAUUUCUCCAAACCAAUGUUACCGGCCCAUCGGUAGAUUUCGAGGAUGUUUUUCAAAGCUCCGAAUGGAACGCUGGUGAGCUGAGGGAGAAAUGCUUGAGGAGUUUGGAUGUGGACGGUGUUAGUGUUUAUCAACAUAUUCCCAAGGUGGAAUUGUUUUGUCUGGCGAGAUAUAUCUUCACGACGGUGUUCCCGAGGCGGUCUUGGGUGAAGACGUGGGAUUGUAAGUGGAUGAGGAUUAGAAUUAAUGCAUAUCAUCAACGGUUGUUGAGCGGACAUUCGAUGAACGGGGGGAGAAUGAGUGAUUCGACUGUGUUGCAAGAUUUGAUUGAAGGGGAUCUGAAAGAUUUAGAGAGUGAGCUGUUUGCCGAAGACAGUCCUUAUAAAACGGAUGCGAAGGUUAUGCUGUUGUUGGAGAAGGCGCAGAUUUAUAUCAUGGAGGGAUUGGACUUGAAGGCGAGAGAGAAUGUGAAGAAAGCUAGUGAGGUUUCGGGAUUUGAGUAUGCACUUUCUGGAGCUCUGGGAAAGAGGACAAAAUUUCAACAAACCGAUAUUUCGCAGUUGGUGGUUUUCGCAAAGAGUAGGGAUGGAGCUGAAGAUAGUGAGACUGUUGAUGCGUCUGAAAAUACCAAGGAAAGCGCUGAAUCAUUGAAAAAGCCUGAGGAACACAGCACGAAUGGUCCUCAGGCUUUGGAUCUGAAUGAUGAUACAUUAUUGGAGUCUAUCGACUUCGCGAAAGCUCCAUCCGACAAAGUAGAUGAUUCAAACCUACCAGCAGCUUUAGCUGGUAUGAAACCAGACGAGCAACCGCAACUUCACGCUCUGGACCAAAUUGCUCUGUUAACGGAAGCUACUCUCAAGGAUACUCUAUCUCCUCUCGACAAAUUAAAUAGUGAAGAGAUUCUUCCAUACGCUGUCCGCGUCCUAUCAGACAAACCAACAAAUUGGCAGAUCUACACGCAAGCUCUCUUAGUCCGAAGUAGGAUUGAAGCUCAUAGAUCCAGAACCCAAGAAAGAUCUGUUUUACAACUCCAAGUCAUCGUGGACCAAAUCAUUGCCGAUACACAAGAAACUGCACCAUCAGCAGAUGCUGACGGAAUACCUCAAAUUCAAGUAACCUCUUUCCUUCCCCGGGCCAAAGCAGGUGAAUCUGCUCCGGUCACAGAAAGAUUAAGAUAUGUUAAUCAACUCAACACACCUACGCGGUGGGAAAUCGAAACCGAACUCGCAUUUGCAUGGUCCAAUGCCGGAUCCCUCAUCAGCGCUCUCGAAAUCUUCAAGAGACUUAAGAUGUGGGCUGAAGUAGCAUUAUGUUAUCAUUCCGUUGGCCAAGAAGAUAAAGCUAGACAAAUCGUUCGAAGACAAUUAUAUUACUCUUCCGAAGGCCCCGAAAUGGACAAAUACGAUAUCGACGCAGAAGCAGUCGUCAAAGAAGGAUGGAACGGCGAAAUGCGCACCCCACACCCACCACACGCACCUCGUCUAUGGUGUAUAUUAGGAGACCUCGACCAAGAUCCCACCUGCUGGGAACGCGCCUGGACCAUUUCCAAAAACCGCUACGCCCGCGCUCAACGCACUCUCGGCGAUUACUACACCCGGCAAAACGACCUCCCCGCAGCCCGCGAAGCAUACCUCGCUUCCGUCGUUGUCAAUCGUCAAAACAACGACACCUGGUCUCGCCUCGGUGAUAUCGAUCUCAAAACUGGUAAUUGGGAUGGAGCCGUCAUUGCUUUUCAGCAGAGUAUCAUGAUCGACGAUACCGACGCCAAAACAUACAGCAACCUCGGAUCCGCCCUCCUUUCCAAACACGAUGAACUCAUCUCCCUGCAAAAAAUCGCAAAACAGGAAGAAGCAUGUACCGAUAUCCCGGAUGAUGAGGAGAUUGAUAUUUCCUCGUUAAAUAAAGGAGAUCGAUCCAACGACCCCAAGGACAUCCUGCGACAGGCCUUAAUGUCCUAUAAAAGAGGCGCGUCUAUCGCAUACGACAAUUGGAAGAUUUGGGAUAACGUCAUCACCAUCGCCACGCGGAUGUCUCCCCCCGCAUUCCCAGAUAUCCUCAUGGGUCUCCGCAGUAUCCUACGCAUACGCGCUCCCGCUGUAGGUGAAUACGCCAUCGACAUCGACGUACUCAGCACACUCGUAACCGAAGUCGUCAGCCGCGACAAAACCUCCGAAGUAGGCACUCCAUCCGCAACCGGCAUCUGGAUCCCUCGACGCGGCACGCUCGCUCGCGCCCUAAUCGAAAUGGUAGAUUCCGAAAUCAUCCCCCUCAUCACUAAGCGCAUCGAACUCUACGAAAUGGUAGAGAAAUUACGAUUGUGGGCAAGAGAUUACCAGGGAGCCCUGGACGCGGCGGAGAAGGGCUGGAGGGUUAGCAUGAAUAUGAAUGGGGAGGGAGAAAGCUGGUUGGAGAAGGAAGAGGGCUGGACAAAGGUUGUGGAGGCAACGGGGAGAUUGGUGGGUGCGUAUGAGAAUUUUGGGGUGGAGGAGGGCGGCAGGUGGAGGGUUAAGGCGAAGAGUGCGGUGAGGGGGGUUAUGGGGAAGGGAAGGGAAUUUUGGGAGGGGAGUAGGGGGUGGGGGGUUUUGGAGGCGUUGUUGGAUGAAUUGAUGGCGGAGGCUUGA